AUGAGCAACCAAUUGGAACCAAUGACAAAAGAACUUCUCAGCAGAGAUAAGGAAGAAAUUUAUUCAGUUCUGGUUAGACUGAAAGAAAGUUUGCAAGAAAAGCCAGAAGCAGUUAAAUCUUCAUUAUUAUCUUCUCCAGAAUUCAUGCGCGCAAUUUAUCAAGCACAAAUUGAGUUUGACUGCUUUGUUACUGAAGUUCCUCAUGCUCAACAAUAA